AUGCGCACCUUCGUUCUCAGUCUUUCUGCCUUGGUGCUCGCUGCCGCUGUGCCACAGAACGCGCCAUAUGCCGGUGACGGUCGGGGAGGCGUCCAACGUGGCCGAUACCAGCCUGGAUGGCAAGGAGGUGGAGGUGGCAGCGGUGAUCCAGUGUGCCAAGGUCUCGCUGGAACUCCUCAAUGCUGCCAAUUGAAUGCUCUUGGGGCUUGCAGCCCUGCCCUGCGAUCCUCACUGAUUUGGAUGCAGCGAGCCAGCGGCCUUGGGACAAACGGUCUUUCUAUCAGAUCUGUGCUGCCAGUGGAAGGUCUGCGCAGUGCUGUGCUCUGCCUGUGGCUGGAGCUGCUCUCCUUUGCAACCAGCCCUGAAAGGGAUCACGAGACGAAUGCGGCAGCCUUUGCCCGAUCACUCUCACCAAUCGCACUCUAA